UGUUAAGUGUUCUAGUAGUCAGCUGAUGCACUUGUAAUUCAAAAAUAUUCAAAUAUGUUUGUCAUAAUAUUAUUAUUGUGUCUUACAGUUUUUAUGAUAUUUUUACGCAAUUAUAUGCGAAAACGUAGCUAUCGCUGGAAAAAAUUAUCAGAAUUCCCCGGCGAUAGACCUUUACCAAUAUUUGGAAAUAUGUUGCAACUUGGAUUCUAUGCCGACGAGUCCGCACACAAACUAUUGGCGCUGUGGGAAAAACAUGGAAAACAGAAUUUUCGCUUCUCUGUUGGCUCCGAUCAUUGGAUUCUGUUGACCGAACCUGAUGACAUUGGGAAUAUCCUUAAUCAUCCAACCGAAAUUUCAAAGCCUUCGAACAGAAAUGCGGCAAUGAGACCAUUCUUCGGAAACUCCGUAUCGACUUCAGAAGGUGAGAGAUGGAAGUCAGUACGGAAACUAAUGACCACAAGUUUCCAAUUUAAGACUUUAGAACAAAAAAUCAACGAUGUCAAUAAACACUGCGAGUUGCUAUUUGAAAUCUUUGAUUCGUAUCAAGACAAGGAGACUGUGGAUUUGUACCGCUAUCUGAGGCCAUAUAUGUUUGACGUUGUAUGCGCCUCUUUUAUGGGUAUCGAAAGUAACAAGUUAGCGAAGCUGGAUGACGCUUACUUAAAGGCUAGUGCAAAAGUUAUUAAGAUACUUACGUACAAUUUUUUUUCUUAUUGGAGAAAUAUCGAACUUCUCUUUAAAUUAACACCCCAUUAUACUGAAAUGACGGAAACUAUAAAAACAAUCAAACAAACAAGUACAGAAAUUAUUGAAGCAAGAAGGGAUAUAUUGCACAAAGCAAUUGAAAAACCCCAAAGUAAUAACAUAAAUGUUGGUACCGAUGUUGAAAAAUUAAUUGAAAGUAAAGUAAAUAAUGGCCAAUGCUUAUUGGAUAAGUUGUUAUUGACCAAGUCGGCGGAUGAGAAGUCUAUUUCGGACGAUAUUAUUAAUGAGGAACUAACUUUUUUCUGUUUCACAAGUCAUUACACAACAGCAAUGACAAUUAGCCACACACUUUAUUGUUUAGCAAAGUAUCCAGAAAUACAAGAUCGAGUGUACGAAGAACAGCGAUGUAUUUUUUACAACAAUUUACAUAAAAAUCUAACAAACAAUGAACUUUACCAAAUGAAAUACCUGGAAGCUGUGAUCAAAGAGAGUAUCCGCGUCCUUCCAACGGUCACAAAAAUUGGAAGGCAAUUACAUAAUGAUUUUACAUUUAAAGAUGGUCGAGUAGCUCCAGCUGGCUCCUCGGUUAUAGUUUUUUAUGAAGCAGCUUUUAAGAAUCCAAAAGUUUUUCCAGAACCAGAAAAAUAUAUACCGGAACGAUUUUUAAAACCUAUAGAUAAGUUUGCUUUUAUACCCUUUAGCGCUGGUCGCAGAAGUUGCAUAGGAUACCAGUUUGCAAUGGUUACCAUGAAAGCGACUCUUUCUAACAUUUUACGAAGAUACGAAGUUCUUCCCGGCGAACCUGGUACUGAGCCACAAUUUGUAGGUCGAAUUAUUACAGAAUCAAAAAAUGGUUUGAAUGUUAGACUAAUAAAAAGAAUUUUAUAAAACAGAAAA